AUGAGGCGAGCAAGAUUGAGAAAGCCUCCGGACCCGACAACGACGGCGAUAGCGACGGGCUUGCGCGCUCAACAGGCCAAGCGGUGCGAGAGUGAAAAGAUACCGAGAACACCGAACCCUGGGCAACCAAUGUUGCACCAGCUUCAGCUUGAAAGCCCACCAACGAACUUCUUCCAAUCUUCACGCAUCAACAAGGGCCUCUGUGAGUUGAAUUGCGCAACAUGA